GCUCUAUAAAUAGAGGAGGAGGAGCUCCGCAAGUGCGGCAGCUCCGCCGGCACCGCCUUCUCAUCCACGCUCAUUUAUUUUACUAUUUCUUAAUAUUGAUUUGUUUUUGUUGAUCUCCGAUCGCCUCUGGAUAUGGACAUUCGCCGGAGGCCGCCUAAGCCAUCGCACCACUCCACGCGCUCUCACAUUCCGUUUCCGCCGUCUUCCGCCUCCGGCGCAUCUGCUGCAUCUACGAAAGCGUGCGACGCGCCACCACAGGUUCUUCCGCUCUACCUCACCAACGGCAUUUUCUUCACGCUUUUCUUCUCCGUCGCCUACUUUCUCCUCCACCGUUGGCGAUACAAGAUCCGGAAUUCGAUUCCUCUCCACGUCGUCACGGUCUCGGAGCUCGCCGGCGUUAUCUCACUGAUUGGAUCGUUCGUGUACCUUCUAGGAUUCUUCGGUAUCGAUUUCGCGCACUCGUUCGUUUCUAAAUCGGAAAGCGACGACGAGAGCCAGCCUUUCGUUAUCCCCGAGGAUCGGGAGAUUGAGCGCUCAAUGCCGACGCAGAUUGGCUCCGAGUCCAAAUCCAUGGACGUUACCGAUAAAGAGAUUGUCGAUCGCGUCGUUUCCGGCGAGAUUCCGUCGUACUCGCUAGAAUCGAAGCUCGACGACUGCUUCCGCGCGGCCAAAAUCAGGCGCGAGGCGGUGCAGCGGCUGUCAGGAAGAUCUCUGGACGAUUUGCCUCUAGAAGGAUUCGAUUACGAGUCAAUUUUGGGGCAAUGCUGCGAAAUGCCUGUAGGUUACAUUCAAAUCCCGGUGGGGAUAGCUGGUCCGCUGUUGUUGAACGGCCGCGAGUAUACGGUGCCUAUGGCCACAACGGAAGGAUGCUUGGUGGCGAGCACAAACAGAGGCUGCAAGGCAAUCCACUCUUCCGGUGGCGCUACUUGCGUUCUUCUUCGCGACGGAAUGACCAGAGCUCCGGUUGUGAGGUUCUCGUCGGCGAAAAGAGCGACGGAGUUGAAAUUCUUCCUCGAAGAUCCUGCCAAUUUCGACACCUUGUCUGUCGUUUUCAACAAGUCAAGUCGAUUCGCACGGCUCCAAAGUAUCCGUUGCGCCGUCGCAGGCAAAAAUCUCUACAUUAGAUUUAGUUGUUCCACAGGAGACGCCAUGGGUAUGAACAUGGUUUCUAAAGGUGUUCAGAAUGUCUUAGGCUUCCUCCAGACCGAUUUCCCCGACAUGGAAGUAAUCGGCAUUUCCGGCAAUUUCUGCUCGGACAAAAAGCCUGCUGCCGUAAACUGGAUCGAGGGUCGCGGAAAGUCAGUCGUCUGCGAGGCUGUCAUCACCGGAGACGUCGUGACGAAGGUGUUAAAAACAACAGUUCCCGCCUUAGUCGAGCUCAACAUGCUAAAGAAUCUCGCCGGCUCCGCCGUCGCCGGCGCUCUUGGCGGCUUCAAUGCGCACGCCGCCAACAUCGUCUCCGCAAUUUUUAUCGCCACCGGACAGGACCCGGCGCAGAACAUCGAGAGCUCCCAUUGUAUCACCAUGAUGGAACCCGUCAACGACGGAAAGGAUAUCCACAUUUCCGUGACCAUGCCUUCGAUCGAGGUUGGAACAGUCGGCGGCGGGACCCAACUAGCAUCGCAAUCCGCGUGCCUGAACCUCCUUGGCGUAAAGGGUGCUAACAAAGACUCCCCCGGUUCGAACUCGCAGCUCCUGGCCACCAUAGUCGGCGGAGCCGUCUUGGCCGGCGAGCUGUCGCUGAUGUCCGCCAUUUCUUCCGGGCAGCUCGUCAAAAGUCACAUGAAAUACAACCGGUCGAAUCGUGAUGUGGCGAAUAUUUGCUCCUCCUAGAAACAUAGACAAGUUAAGGCAUUUGAUAUUUGAUAGAAGAAACAAAAGAAUGGAAAAUGCGCUCGGAAAAUCGAGAGAUUAGUGCCACGAGGAACUAAACAAGAAACACACCAUGCCGGAAUAUUGUCGGAGGUUUCUGUAGGGCAGUCGGUCCCGACCGGAGCCUCGACUGCGACUAGACAGGUAUGUAUAUGUUGAGUAUUGUUAGUGAUUCCUUAGAGCCUUGUCUUGUUUUGUGGUUUUUUAAGUUGUCUUUGUCAUUGAUUUGCUGUUUCCAAAAGUUUUGGCCUUAAAGUUGUUGUUAAUGUAAUGUUGUUUGUGUUGUUCUUAGCUUGCAAUUUGGUCACAUGUUGUGUUGUGUUAAAAGUAAGUGUGGUAGUUUUUGUGUGUGUACAGUUUUAAGAAAUUUGUUUUAGGUUUUUCUUUUUGGGAGAAAUUUAUUGAUAUGUUGAAAGCUGAAUAAUGUAUAUCAUAUUUUUUGUAUAGAUAUAGAUAUAUAGAUAUAUUAAACAAUUGGAGGUUAUGCAAUUAUUUGAA